UAACGCCAAAAGGAGUUUAUUCCAGAGAAAGAUCAAGCUCAGUGUUCAGCAUUAAAAAAAAGUGUUUUUAUCCGAUGCUUCUGAGCUACUAGUUCCUUCUAAAGUGAAGAAACAAACGAUGGGUUGGUGAAAAUCAUGCCAUCAUUAAUCGAACUAUGUCCUGCGCGGGUUUAGCUAAAGAACAGUGCAACCGAGAGCAGCAACAGCCGAAGCAAAUUUUGAGUCUACCACCAAAUGUGAAUGGCCGUCGUCGGGGAACGCUAGAAAUUCGUUUUCCCGAAAAGUCUGAAGACGGAUUCGAAGGAAUUCAGUGGAAAAGCACUAAAAGUUAUCCCCUGGUCGAAAUACAGCUGCUCUGGUGGGGUCAGCAAGUGUCGCAAAACAGCCCGAAGGCUGUUCUUCGUUGGGAGCAGGGUAAAACCCGAACGGUGUCAAAGCUGCAGUACGAAAUAUUGACCAGUGCUGAGUUGUUUCGCAAAUACCUGCGGACCGCUGAGCCCAUCCAGGCGCGUCUGGUUUCCUGCAGAACGAACACACUGAUCGGAACUGCUCAAAUUCCGGUUCCCGGAAAGUUAGUGAAUUUUCGUGCGUGCGGUGAAGAGUUCGAAUCUAGCAGCAGUGCAGCGAUUUUGAGUGGAAGGGGUUUCAACCUUGGGGAGAUCUGCGUGCUAUUUUGUUUGUCAUUCGAGAAAAUUGCUGUGAAAUUCGAGGAUAAGGAGAAUAAGAAGGAUAUAGUGCAAAGCUCCGCGAUGCCACUGCCAAUGGUGAGGCUGGAGCGUGAGACGGGAUUGACUGUGCGGGGAGUGCCAGCACCGUUACACAACGACAUAACCCAGAAACAGGCGAAAACCUUCCACUCGUUGGACAAUCAAUCACGGGUCAAUGUGCUUAACUACUUGUCGGGUAAAGUUCUAUCCGACUGUGAGGAUGAAGCAUUGACCGACAUUUGUUCUAUUUCUCCUGCGCAAAGUAUGAUUGAGGCGUUGAACAAAAUCGAAACCCCUUCCAAGUCAAAAAAGGAUGCCUAUGUGAGGGCAGUUGAUUCCGCGAGGGUAAUCAUUGAAGGGCUUAAAUUCACCAAGGCCGGAUUGAAAGAAGUUUUCCAUAAAGCGAAACUGGGUGCUUUAACAGAGAUGACAUUCCUGAUUAAAGUGAAAACAGUAUCGCAACUCGACACGAUGACGAGAACCAAAUUCACAUCCAAUUCUGUUUCUGACAACGGGGAAGUGACCUUCAAUGCAAAAGGAAUAGUGAAAUUAGAUCUCCCCAGAAAAUAUGACGAUUUUCAAUUUGAGUUUCUUUUGUACUUGAUCUUGAGACCAACGUUUCACCAGAAAACUCCAGGAAAAGGUGUUUUGAUUGGUUCUUCCAUAAUAAAGUUUGACGAACUGCUGAACAACAGAUUUGGCUGUCACAAGAAAUGUCCUGUUAGGCUUGUGUCCGAUGACAUAAUGCUAGGAAUGUUGACGGUCAGAAUGGAACUAGGUUCGCGUGGACUUCAUUUUGGCCCGGAACUGAUGGACGCUCUGCAGGGGGAUAAGGAAAAUGUAUCGAUUAGCAGUUCUUCUAGUGAGAGUGAACCGCGUCACGUUUGCUGGACUUUUAAACGUCCUUCCAAAAAUUCUAUGCCACCUCCAAAUUGUCGCAUACAUCAUCAAUGCUGUCCAACUACCCGAAGUCAAGAUGAACGUGGUUCCGGUGAAUAUCAGAAAUCGAAUCCGCCAACGCCGAGUCAAGAAUCUUCCAGCCAGCAGCGAUCCGCUGCUCACAAUCCUCGCCCACAAGCGGACAAAACUUCAGAAGAUAACGGACCAAAAACUAUGGACAUUCAGGAGGAUUAUCAAGAACCUCCCAAGAAUCUACUUCACGGAAUACUUCACUUUGGUCAGAUGAGGGAUGCCCCGUCGCUACCCGCAGGAGGAUACUUCCUCGUUGCGCACAGUUUUUGGUCCGACGAGGACAGACCAGUUCUGACAACCGAGCUGAGCCAGGAUGGCAAAGGGUUCAAUUAUUUAAUCACAUUUCCCGUACUGCCCAACAAUAGCUUCCUCGAUCGGACCAAAAAUCAGCACAUGCUGGUCGAGCUGUGGCAGAAAAGUCCCGGUGCGGGCGAGAAACUGGUGGGACUAACACGUCUCCCGUUGCAUCAGUUUUACAUCGCAUUCCGUGACGCUCAGCUUGCGGAGCAUCUGGCACGAGCCAAGCUUCCUGUUAUAUCGAUCGAUGACUGGAGUGGCAUCAGAUCGCCACUGGUGUCCGAUCCCUGCGGACAGGUGCAAGCGGUGCUGGCUAUCGGGACGGAAAAUCAAAUCGAGUACUUCAAGAUGUCGCGUGGCCUGAGCCACACUUCGGGGGAUGCACCGAUGGUUGAAAGUAGUGCGGCUGUCCCAGCUGUUGAGGAUGUAAGCGCCCCACCAAAAUCGCAAACUUCAUCCUCCACCCAAACGAACGAUACUCCAUCUGACAUUCUCGUUACUCCAUCGUCCGCUAUAAACAGCCGUCGAGUGUACGACGAUUACCGGCCCAUCAACACGACAAACUCGGGCAAACAACAGUCCGAGGUGGCAAACAUGCUGUCUGCGUUUAUCGAAAACCUUGCCCAACGCCUACCGAUUUCGUCGGAACGCAGCACUGCCCCAUGUCUGGAUCAAAACGUCGCCGAACGGAUCAUUUCCUCGCCCCACUCGCAAGCCAACCGACCACAGGUUCGCAAAACUUCCGAACUUUUGGAAAACCUCCAGAAGGCACUUGGACAACUACCAAUAGCUACUAAUGGGAGCCCCGCUCUGUUGACAGCUCCUUCUGCGCAGUCAGCCCCCGAGUCGGGUUCACUCGAGUCCACUCCGAUGGGCGACGAGUUCAAAGCUCCAACACUGAGCUCGGAAGAGAAACUGUUUAAAGUGUCAAUCGAAAUAGAGCAAGCCGUCCAUCUGCCCAAACUGAAUGUGAGCAAGAAGUAUGGCAAGCGAAACAAGAAUAGAAAUGCUGGAUCGAGUACGGUCCCCAGCACCGGUGGAGCCUCCAAUCAGCGUUUCGAGGUGGAACCAAGCGCCUACGUAACAUUUGAGGGAUACAAUUUGCAGCCUGGUACACCCAAUACGGUGAAAUCACACGAAGGAAUCGUCUAUACGACUGCGGUAGUCCAGAACUGUGCUAACCCUAGCUGGCGGAAGACGUUUGAAGUGUCACUUCCAGUGGAUCUGAUGACUAAUGACGAGAAACGUUUCAUACUGAAAAUUUGGCGCAAGGCUGUCAACAAUAGCGAUGUGGCGAAAUGUCGCAUGCUGCCAGCUCCGAUGGAGGAUGCGGUGGUCGGAUUCACCGCCGUGGAUUUGAGUGUCUUUCUCAACGGAAUGCCAUGCAUCCUUGGAUGGUAUAAUAUAAUGGAUUUCUCCGGUCGCUGCAAUGGGCAGAUCAAGGUAAACAUCAAACCACUGGAGAAUGUAACGAUCUACAAAGGAAUGGAUGAGAGCACCAACUUCCAGAUCCCGCUCUCGAUCGACGUGGAGUGUGGUGGAACGGACGCGAGCAAUAUCUCGCUGAGCCGGGCAUUGAAGCGUAAGUUCACGGAGCUGGAGGAAAUAUCGCAGCGGCUGAAGGCGCGACUGUUCGACGUGACAGGCGAUGAGAAUGUCGAUCCGGAUGAUGAAUUUGAAAGAGAUCUGAAUACCGAGGCUGACGAGGGUGAUGAUGAGGAUUGGAAAGAUCCUCUGGAGGACAACUCGAGCCAGAAACGUAACAGCCAACAUCCGAAUGGUGCACUAACAUGCACCACCAAUACUUCGUCGUACACAAUGUCUGCAGAACGUGGUCGUGUUCCGGAGCGUAGUUUAACCGGCUGUUCCGAUCGUUCUACGGAGCAAUCGGGCAUUGACGAGAACGAGCAUCUGAUACUGGAAAAGCUUCUGAAGCAACACGAUUUGGACACGUUGAUCAAUCCGGCCAUUCUCAAAAAUUUAUUGAACCCAUCGAUACUAUCAACGGCAGAGUCUACACCAAUGAGCAACCCUUACGCUAAUCUACCGGAAAGCGAAUCAUCCGGAGAAACCAGUCAGGAUGCGGAUAUGAUUGAAGAUUCUGCUGAAGCGGGUGGGUCCACUUCGGACAGAGUGAAACUAAUCUCAUCUGCUUUGCAGCGAGCAACCAUCUCCGAUGCAAAUGAAACACGCAUUGGAAACAGGAACGGCGAAACGGACGGCGGGAUGCAAGAAUGUAUCGAGCAACAACGUCAGCGCGAAGCACCGGAAGGAGAACCAAUGAAGGUAAACAAUAAGUAAAUUAUACAUUCUGUGUUCUUUUCGAUAGAUAUCUAAGGACAUACAGCUGCUAUAGUUAAUCUGUCACACAGUUCAUUUAGGCCAAAAUAGUAGAACAUAAGGCGCAAUAGACAGGACGAAUGAAAUACGCAUGCACACACACAUCCGUUGAUGUAGUGAUUUGGAAAUUGUUCGAUCACAUUUCUUGAACUAAAUUAAAAUAAAUUCGCACUGCUAAAAGCGCUUCCAAA